AACGGAUCGAGGCUGUAGAUUACUAUCUCAUUGUUUCAGCUACGCUCUUCUUUCCAACAUCAUGGCCGGACAGCAACUUACUUGGCUCGUUACCGGCUGCUCCUCUGGCCUGGGGGAGGCCUUGGUGCGGGCUAUUCUUGAUAAGGGCGACAAAGCCAUCGCCACAGCCCGCGGCAGCAAAGGCAUCAGCGGUACCGACCGUCUCUCCUCCCUCAAAGAUGCCGGCGCAGCAGUCUACGAACUUGAUAUGGCAUCUCCAGAGGAAGAGAUAAAGAAACAAGCCCAAGACAUCUGGGACAAGUACGGACCAAUAGACGUCCUAGUCAACAACGCGGGAUACAUUGACAUAUCUACCUUUGAAGAAAUGACAGACGAAUUCCUCCUCAACUCUAUCCGCAUCAACGCCCUCGGCCCCUUCACCCUCACCCGCGCGCUCCUCCCCCACAUGCGUGCUCGCAAGUCCGGAACCAUCCUCUUCUCCGGCUCCGUAGGCACCUACUACGCCGCUCCCUGUGCGGGGACCUAUGUGGGCCCCAAAGGGAUGAUCGAGGGUAUGGUGCCGGUUCUGGCGACGGAAGUGGCGCCGUUUAAUAUCCGGGUGUCGAUUCUGACGUACGGGCAUUUUCGCACGCAGGUCAUGGCAGCCGGGGUAGUUCAGUACCGAAACCCGAAUCGCUUGCCGGAGUAUGACGAGAUGAAUCAGCGAGCGUAUGACGGUUGUUUGGAGUGGAGUGGCAACCAGCCGGGGGAUCCGAAGAAGGGUGCUGAGUUGGUGGUUGAGGCUGUUAAGGGGGAGGGGAGCUGUAAGGGGAUGGAGUUGCCGUUGAGAUUGCCGUUGGGGUCAGAUACGUUUGGUAUUGUGAGGAAUACUUGUCAGGGCUUGAUGAGGGUUUGGGACGAGUGGGAUGGGGUCACUUCAAGGACGGAUUUUGAGUAAGAUGUUUAUGGAUUCUAGGAUAGCAGGUGGAAUGGUGGAGAAGGGUCCCUCAAUUGGUUGGAUGGAUGAUGGAAUAUAAUCCGAUAGCUAUGCGGCUCUUAUGUACUUAGUAAUAUGGCGAUGUUAGUGAGUUUAUGGAUCUAUACUCAAGACUGAAG